AUGGCUAGUCGUCGCGCAUCGAAGCGCAAGCAGCGUCAGCGUGUGAGUGCAGCAGCGGGUCGUUUGUCCGCUCCCGGCGCCGACGCAGCAGCAGAAGAUGCAGCAGCAGCAGGCCCCUCAAGUAUCGUUGUUGUGAAUUUCUCUUUAAUUGGCGAUGUUCAACGAGAAGUUAGCGGCGCCCGAAUGGACCCGAAGGACCUCCGCAAACCCCCCCUACUCGUUUUGAGCAGCAGCAGCAGCUGCAGCACCAGCACCAGCAGCAGCAGCAAGGGUUCUGAGGGUUUGAGUAGAGCACAGGCGCUGCAAUUGUCAACUUCAAUGCUGCGGUCCCUUUUCUCUCCCGUUGACCUCCGCACAGCUAGGCUUAACGACUUCCGCCGUGUUGCCUUCUUCCGCGCUAUCUCGGAAAAAGAAGCCUGCAGCAGCAACAACAACAGCAACAACAACAGCAACAACAACAACAACAACAGCAGCAGCGAAGGCAUAUACUAUCAGUUUCGGCAUUAUACAGUUUCUCUAAAGGCAGCAGAUAUAACAGCAGGGGUAGAAAACCUCCUUAAGGCGUCUACUGGCGGUGCUGCUCAGAAGCAGCUGCUGCACCAGCUGCAGGAGAAGCAAACAGAUGCAUGCGACUUGCUGCUGGCUGCAGAGGAUCAGCAGCAGCAACAGCAGCAGCAACAGCAGCAAAACCAAAAGGUCGUGUUUGGCGCUGCAACUGGUCCCUCCCGUAUAUCUAAGGGCAGCACUCUGCAGGUAAUACUGCCAGGCAUGCAGCAGCAGCAGCAGGAGCAGCAGCAGCAGCAGGAGGAGCAGCAGGAACUCUCUAUGGCUGUACAACUUAAAGAGAUCGGCCCUCGACUUGAGUUAAUGCUUAUUAAGAUAGAAAAUGAUGUCUGCACUGGCGAAGUCUUGUACCACAAGCACAUCUCAAAGACGCCGGAGGAAUUGAAGAUGCUCAAGAAGAAGGAACAGCUCCUCAAAGCAAAGAGAGAGGAGGAGCGGCAGAAGCUUCUAGAGUUGCUGCAGCCGAAGAGCACUGCGAAGGCAGCAAAAGGAGCAGCAGCAGCAUCAACGGCAGCGAGCGAAUCAGAGGGAGAAGCAGAAUCGUCUGAUGCAGACGACGGCGAAGGGGCCACCAGCAGCAGCAGCAGGAAGAGAGAUAGACAAAGCAGCAAAGAAAGCCCCGAGGAAAGCGAAGAGUCAGACGGUGAAGGCGACACCGCGAAGAGGCGCAAGUAA